AUGAAAUCUCCAAAAGGCGUCAUUUUCGCCUUUCUUGUUUUUGCUUCAUCGCUUCUCGGCGCAAUUUUUCUACUAUUUCCGCUUAUACCGCUUGCACAUUUCAAACCAAAACUAUGGAGAACGGCCGCGGAUCGACUAGUCGGUUUUUGGCUAACUUUCCCAUGCUCCCUCGUCGAAUGGGUGUUCGGUGUGAAGUUUCGGGUUUCUGGAGAUCUCAUACGUCGUGAUGAACCUGCCAUAUUGAUUAUGAACCACAGAACUAGGCUAGAUUGGUUAUUCCUAUGGAACGCAUUGUAUAAAAUGGACCCGUGGUUGUUAAUAUCAGAGAAGAUCUCAUUAAAGGCGCCUUUAAAACGAAUUCCGGGGGCUGGAUGGGCGAUGUCGUGCGGUUCUUAUAUAUUCCUUGAAAGAAAUUUCGAAAAUGACAAACCAGAGCUUGAAAAAAUGAUAAAGUAUUACGCUGAAAUGGGAAAAAAUUAUCAGAUAUUACUUUUCGUUGAAGGAACCGAUAAAGGCGAACGCGCCACAAAUCUGAGUCACGCGUAUGCCGACAAAAUGGGCCUCGAACGGUAUGAGCAUGUGCUUCAUCCGAGGACGACCGGAUUCACAUUUUUGUUGGAUUUAAUGAAGAAAGAAUAUAAGCUGAAGAAUGUCUACGAUCUCACAAUAGCUUAUGAUGGAGAAAUUAUAGACACCGAAAUGAAGAUGGUGAAAGAAGGAUUGUUCCCAAAGAAGGUCCACGUCGACGUGAAAAGGGUCGAAAUUGAGGAUAUUCUUGAAGAAAACCCAUCGCAAUGGUUAACUCAAUUAUGGAAAUCGAAAGAGGAUCGUUUAAGGAGAUUCUACGACCAAAACGAGGAAAACCGUGUUCUUGAAGCGAGUGGUGAUCGAUUCGUAUGGCCGGAAGCGUUGACUGGCACUGGAUAUGUUGUUGCGUUCUCAUUCUGGUGCGUCGCGACGCUGUGCUGGAUCCUCUACAUCUAUUCCUCGAUUUGGGUCAAGAUGUACGCGAUCGCCGCCAUCGGAUUUUACCUGCUUUGCUUGAAAUUCUUCAACGGCGCCGAGCAUUUGUUCAUUCAAUGGGCUGCCGAAAAAUCGAAAGCGGAAUAG